GGACAGGUUCCUUUCUUCCAAAGAGGGAAGGGCGCCGGAGGGUCCGAGUAUCCCCUGCUCCGCUGCGAUGGGAAGCGGCUCCUCCAUCCCAGCACGCUUKGGCCAGGCACCCUGCGCCCGUCUCGGGAUUUCUAUGGUGGAAGAAUUCAAUGGAGAUUUGGGCGCGGAGCUGGUGGCGCUGCCAGGCGCAGCUCCGCCCCCUCGUCCCGGGUGCGGGGGUGGCGGUGCGCUUAUCCCGGGGCCGCGCUCACCGCGGGGUCCGGGACGGCGCGGGCAGGACAUGAUAGAUAGAAAAGAGCCCUGUACUUCAGGACAGAUACCGAUGACCAACCUCAGCUGCCUUUUCUAUGCUCUGGAAGAAUGGGCUGUUGUGGAGUUCCUGAAGAAAUACCUUUUUCAUGUCAUCAUCACCUCCCUGACAAUUAGUGCAAUAUUAGUUUUUUUUAUAGUUCCUUUAACAAUYGUCUUUUUCAUUUACCUUACUAAUCUUUUGCUUUUAAUACAUCAGARGAACAAUGAGGUAAAAGCAGAUCCCUUGAGUGGUGUUUGGGAUAGUGCCAGAAAAACUAUAGCAACCUUUUGGGAUACAUAUGCAAGAAUAUGGCAUGGUUAUGAGCUUCAUGGUGUGGAAAACCUCCCAGAAGGACCAGGCAUUCUUGUGUACUACCAUGGAGCUAUUCCUAUAGACUACCUUUACUUCUUGUCUAGGCUGUUUCUCUGGAAGAAAAGACUUUGUCUGUCAGUAGCUGAUCAUUUUGUGUUUCGCUUACCAGGRCUUAAAUUACUGUUGAGAGUGACAGGUGUUAUGCCAGGAACCAGGGAGGAGUGUCUGGCUGCACUGAAGAAAGGAUACUUGGUGUCCAUCUCACCAGGAGGAGUUCGGGAAGCGCUGUUCAGUGAUGAAAGUUACCAGCUCAUGUGGGGAAAUCGAAAAGGCUUUGCUCAGGUUGCUCUMGAUGCAAAAGUGCCCAUCAUUCCAAUGUAUACUCAAAAUGUYCGUGAAGGCUAUAGGAUGUUUAAAGAAAGAAGAUGUUUUAGACAGUUAUAUGAAAGCACUCGAUUGCCUUUUACUCCUCCAUACGGAGGACUUCCAGUAAAAUUUCGCACAUAUAUUGGGAAGCCAAUCCCCUAUGAUCCAAAUAUAACAACAGAGGAAUUAGUUGAAAAGACAAAGACUGCUGUUCAGGCUCUCAUAAGCAAGCACCAAACAAUCCCAGGCAGCAUAUGGAAGGCUUUACUGGAGCGAUUUGAUAAACGUCGUAAAAGUGAUUAGAAGGCUUAUGUUGAUUUCAUUGGUUUUACAGCAUACAGUAAAAAACAAUGUCCUACAGCACUGCUCACUAAUAGCUGGUGUUCAACCUGUUUAAUUUACAAAUUUCUACAGAUUUGAUGGAAGAAAACAAUUAACCUCUUGAAAGYUCCCCCAUGUCUUUGAGAAUAUCCUGAAUUCAGAAAGAUUGAUGAUGAUGGCUUAUGUGUAAUAGCAAUGCAACAACUARAUUCUCCAAAAGGAAAUCCCCUAGCCAAGAUUUUUCUUUGUUUCUAAAACAAGUACA